CUUUCCUCUUCGGUCGUGAAGCGGCAUUUCUGACGGAGGAGCGGCGCCAAAUGAGCGUGAAAAGGUCACAUGGAGUUUGUAAUAUCUCUAUUAUCUGGCUGGAAAAACAAAGGAGGGUAGGACAAAUAACACAAGAGGGAAGUCACAGGAGCCGCAUGUUGCCUCUCACGGUCGUUUCCCUGCCGCUACCAUGAGUUGGAGUUUCCUGACUCGCCUGCUGGAAGAAAUCCACAACCAUUCGACAUUCGUGGGCAAGAUCUGGCUCACCGUCCUCAUCGUCUUCCGCAUCGUGCUGACCGCCGUCGGGGGGGAGUCCAUCUACUACGACGAGCAGAGCAAGUUCGUCUGCAACUCGGGCCAGCCGGGCUGCGAGAACGUCUGCUACGACGCCUUCGCGCCGCUCUCGCACGUCCGCUUCUGGGUUUUCCAAAUCAUCCUGUUGGCCACGCCUUCGCUCAUGUACCUGGGCUACGCCGUCGACAAGAUCGCCCGGGCGGAGGAGCGGACGGACGGCGGGGGAGCGGCCGGCUUUUCGCAGAGGAAGCCCUAUCUCGCGGGCAGAAGGCAGCACAGGGCCGUCGAGGAGGCCGAGGACGACCGAGAAGAAGAUCCGAUGAUCUACGACGCGGCCGAGGUCGAGAGCGACGGCGGCGGCGGCGAUGGACUGACGGAGGCCGCGGUGCGCCACGACGGGCGCAGGCGGAUCAGAGAAGAUGGACUGAUGCGUAUUUACGUCCUUCAGCUCUUGACCCGCACCGUGCUGGAGGUGGCUUUCCUGUGCGGGCAGUACGCUCUGUAUGGGUUCGCCGUGCCUCACACCUACGUGUGCUCCGCCCUGCCCUGCCCCCACAGCGUGGACUGCUUCGUGUCGCGACCCACCGAGAAGACCAUCUUCCUUCUCAUCAUGUACACGGUCUCCCUGCUCUGUCUGGCGCUCAACAUCUGGGAGAUGCUGCACCUGGGCGUCGGCACCAUCUGCGAGAUCGUGCGCUCUCGCCGCGCGCCGCUCCCCGACGACGGGCUUCGCGGGCCGACGCAGGCGCGAGAGACUCUUCGCGAGGCGGAGCAGAGCGGAGGUGACUACAGGAGCUACCCGUAUUCUUGGAGCGCGCCGUCGGCUCCGCCCGGGUACAGCGUCGCCGUCGAGCCCCUUCGGGUAUCGAAAGGGCACCACGUCCGGCCGCUACGCAUCACGGACAUCGGCGACGCCAAGACGGCGUGCCAGCAGAACCACGAGAACAUCGCUCAAGAGGAGUGUCGGCAGUACGAGAAUAACGACGAAAAGCUGUGCGCAGGAGGGACGAACACCCGGCGGCCUCAGAACAAGCCAGAGGCCGACGGUCCACAGAGCCGCGGCAACAACCAGGCCGAGCCUCGCCGCGAGCGGAAACACCGGCCGGCCUCCAAACUCUCCGGCGAGGCCGACGCCAACAGAGGAAGCGGCGGCGGCGGCGGCGGCAGCUACGGCGUCAUAAAGGGCUCCGAGUGGAUCUGAAAUACAGACUUUGACUUUUCUGGUUUUAAAACAACGCAAAGCCUUCUCAGACCAAGAGGUAUUUAUGUGUGCGCGAUCAUUCUGUGUGUAAAAAAAUUAACACGGCACCAAGUUUACAUUAUUUUCAGUCGUAUUCAUAGCAUUAUAAUAGUGUCAGUGUGUCUCUUGUGAGGGGGGGAAUUAAACCUAAACAGACCCAGGGGUAAUAACUUGUGCAUGCUCAUAUAUUACAGAUGUGUGUGAAUACUUGCAGCCCCCGGGCAUUAGUAUACAGCACAAGACAGAUUCUGCCACUAUAAGGUAAUCCUUUGAGUCUGACAGCGAGAUACAUGCGUGCAGCCGCUGUGAACAACGUAAAAUAAGUAAUAUUAUAUUUUGUUAAAUAGCUCUUGCAGGAAGAUGAUUCCGUGUGAAUAUGCAACCAAGGUGCCUUACUUAAACAAAGUGCCGCUCUGCAUCACUUUUACAAAAUGUCAUGACACCCAAAAUAUAUCAUCACUAUGGACUGAAAGCAGAAGCUGAGUCCUACCGUCUGUGUGGUUAGUUUCCUCACCGUCCAGGGGUUAACAAUAUUAUUGUUUCUGAGUAUGCACAAUUGUUUUGUUAUUUUCACUAAACCAGGUUUGAGGUGGAUUGAUUGUUUUCCCCAGCCAUGAAGAUAAAUGAGAGACUAUGGGUUCACUUGGAAGUAUUAACAGUGUUUUCUGUGUAUUUGUUGGUUCGAGAAAGUUCAAUAGAAGUGUUUGGCAACAGUUUAAUGACCUCACCCUGUUUGAACUGUUGUCAGUGUCUUAUUGUCAAGCUGUUACAAAUUUUACAUAUUUCUUUCGUUUGGGUGAAGUUCUCACAAUGAAGGCUCCUUUGCACCAUUACUCCAUUAGUUUAUGAUAUUGACAUGAUGAAAAAAUCAGUGCAUCUGGUCUGUAUGAUUUGUUUUUUUAGGUGUAAGGAGUUUUUUGUCAUCAAUACAUACUUUUAAUUGCAGAUUUUCAAAUUGAAAUGUCAUUAAGGGUAGUAUUUUGCACUGUGCCAGUGUUUUUGUGAAAAAUAUUUGUCUGAACAAAAAGUUAAUGUUUUGAAU